AAAAACACCCCACACACCCCGCGUUGACAUCAAAUCAAACACAGCCACUCUCUCUCUCUCUCUCUCUUCUGAUUCUGAGAUGCAAGGCCUACGGCGGUGCUCAAACGACGUCGUCCACCUCGACCUGGGUCCAACCACAACCGCCACGACAACCACGACGACAAGCGGAGCCGUCGUUGUGUCGUCGUCGUCCUCUUCCUCGCUAUCGAUCGACGAUGAGGAGUCGGUGGAGACCCGAAUCCAACGCCUGAUAUCGGAGCACCCGGUGAUCAUCUUCAGCCGGAGCUCCUGCUGCAUGUGCCACGUCAUGAAGAAGCUCCUCGCCACCAUCGGAGUCCACCCGACCGUCAUCGAAUUGGACGACCACGAGAUCCCCUUCCUGCCUUCGUCUCCCUCCGCCUCCGCCGGAGAAGAUAGCUCGGACAACCACCACGCCUUCGCCGCGGCUCCGGCUGUCUUCAUCGGCGGCGUCUGCAUCGGCGGCUUGGAAUCUCUCGUCGCCCUCCACCUCAGCGGCCACCUCAUCCCUAGGCUCGUCGAAGUUGGCGCUCUCUGAUUCGUAAUUACUAAGAACUUUUUUUUUUAUUAUUAUUAUUUUUAUUUUGCUCAAUCUUAUAUAUGAAAUAUAGUUGUAAUUUUCUCUUAUAAUUUGGGUUAUUUUGUUUAAAAAAAAUUAAUUAGGACAGGAAAAAAAAUGAAGAAGAAGAAGAAGAUAUAAUAACCCCUUUGCUAUGGUUUAUUUUUAUUUUUUUUUUGUAUAAAUCCAAUUGUUUUUCCUCCUGAAUAUUGGUCAAAUACCAGUAAGAAAGAUUAAGACGGGAAAGUCAAACAAUCGUGUGGUUAGGAUUGAUUCGUCGACCCCUUCGGCGUGAUCUAGUCCUAAUAUUGUUCAGUUUAGUUACUUAUAAGUUAUAACAUAGAAUGAUAUAUUUUGGGCAAUCUGGACCGUCAAAUGUGUUGACUUUCCUUUGA